UGUCUUGCUGUAUACCGUAUGUUUCCGUCCCCGUCUUCUCGCGAGACUAAAAUGAACAAACUCCAGCAGCUAGGAUGCUAAGAGCUUGUUAGCCACAUUUUGCGGCUCUUUGCUGCAUGUAUCCAUGUAGAGGGACGUAUUUAAAUCAGUGCGAGAAUCUUCAAUCAGAUGGAAGUCAGAGGAACCUCUGUGGUCAACUCUUCUCUAGAUCUCUGUGAAGAUGUAACCAGAAGAGAAGUUCACAGAGUAUCACCGUUUGUGCCCAGACAUCAGCAGUGACUCGUCACCACCACCAUAACUCUGGAGCACUUUAGACCUCACUCAGGGCUGUCCAAUUCAUCCCCAGUCAGUAGGUCCUAGUGGUCUGUCCCUGGCUCCCACAGCCAUGUUGUUUUCCCUGAGAGAACUUGUCCAGUGGCUGGGCUUUGCCACCUUUGAACUCUUCCUCCAUCUAUUGGCCCUGCUCGUCUUCAGUAUGCUAGUAGCCUUGCGGGCUGACAUGCUGACGCCAUCACUGAGCUGGUGGCACGUCUUUGUCCCUCUGUUUGCCGCUGACGGCCUCAGCACCUAUUUCACAACCAUUGUGUCCAUCCGGCUGUACCAGGAGAACGAGAAGCGGCUGGCGGUGCUACGACUCCUCUGGGUGCUGACGGUGCUUAGCCUUAAACUGGUGUGCGAAGUACUGCUGUGUCAGAAGCUGGCGGAGCAGGAACAGGCAAGAGACCUGUGGUUUGGCCUCAUAGUGUCCCCGCUUUUCAUCCUGCUGCAACUGCUGAUGAUACGAGCGUGUCGUGUCAACUGAGGAGCAGUUGUUUUGUGGUCCUGGUUUCUGAGAACAGUUUCCAGUUGCCUGCUGACGUUCAAGCAUUAAAUCGCUGUAUUCUUGUUUUGGGUUGAAUGGCAUCUUAAAGUUUGACAGUGUUGCUCUAUAUAGAAGUGGAUGUAGUCUGAUGGUUGAAAAACAACUUCCGUUUGAGGUCUCGAGGUUUUUGUUCUUUUUUUAAAUGAACCUGUAGAACGUAAGAGACGUUAACCGAGGCUUCAGUUAGACAGCAUUGGUUUUUGGAUGACGAGAUGUACAAUCAUUAUGUGCACUGUAUCCACCAUUCCCUCAAUGUAAUUGACAAAAAAAAACAUAUUCUAUUGACAGGUAAAGGCGAUGGAAACUAUUUGGUCAUGAGAAAGUUUACUAACCCACGAAAAUCAACUAACCUUUUCCACCUUUUAAACUGAAAGGCUGUGUCCAUUUACUAUUUAUGGUUUAUAAUUUUUAUAAGUUCAGCUUUUGCUGUCUGUGAUCCACUGUGUCAGUUGCUCAUUUAAACCCACUGUUGGCAAUUCUUCAUCCCGCUCUGAGCUGAUUACAGCCUGGCUGUCUAAAACGUGUGUCAACCCAGGCUUCAGGGAUUUCUUUGCCAGCAUUUUGCUGUCCAAUUGUGAAACAUGGCUGUGCGUAAAGUUGGUAAUGGGAUGCAUUCUUUUCUGAUUCAUAUUCAAUAAUGAACCUCCUACUCAACUUUUACACUGUGUAUUAGAAAUGAAAACAAAAACGUCAGAGAAUAAUGGGAAAAUGUUAUUACGUUACUACAACAAAUCUAAAAUGAUUUUUACUCAUCCUUUGUACGGAACAGAUGAUGACUAAAUACCGUUAUAGGUUUGGACUGUGGCAAUGCUGAAAUAAAAUAUAAAUAUUUAAAAAUGAGUGUAUUUGGAAAAUAAAGUUAAACUUCAUGAAUAACCAUGUGAAAUAUUUAAGCAAGUACACCAGAGAAUUUCUGUCUCUUUCCGAUUGAUGACCAAUCGUAGAAACUGAUAAGACAUAUUUAACAUUUUUCGACUGACUGCCAGUGUUCUGUUGUUGGACUAUAACAUCUUAUGUGACUCUGGGGGGUCUCAAUAAAUCAUACGUCAUACUCUUGAACUACCUAUAUCUGGUUCUGAAACUCCUCUGUUCUCAGUCUCCAUCAUAGACAACUGAUCAUGACUAUUUUAGUUCACAUAUAUAUUCCCAGGUUCUGCUCCUUAUUUGUAUUUAGUGCAUUUUGUUAUUUCAUGUAAAUGUUGCACUUUUGUUUCGUUAAUAUAUAUAUUAUUUUUAAGUCUCAAUAAUUGUUCUGUGAAAAAGUGUAUGUUUGUUUUACUUUGCUGUGUGAAACUUUAUAGUCAUCUGUACGUACAUGUAAAUAAACCAAUGAAGAUUUUAUUA